AUGCACUCGACCACCUAUACUGGUCCUCUAUAUCUAUGGUCGAACUUUGAGACAAAUGUCCAGGCCAGCAUGCCCACUCGUUGGUCCCACGUUGUCAUCGAUCAUAGCCUUCAAUCCCGCGAUAUCAGACGGGAGGAGGCAUAUGUAGGCGAUGAAACGGGCCUUCAGGGACGGUUUGAGCAGGUUGUUGGCCAUGUUCUUGGGGCAGUCUUCAGUGCCGAGAAUGUGAACAUUCGCUUCGCAGACUAUAAGUCCACUAGCACUAGCACUAGCUACAGCAAGACACCCGAUGUCUCUCUGGUGUUAUACCCCCCCCCCCCCCACAGUUACUCUUAA